GUAUUACCAUUUAAAAAAAAAAAAACCUUCCUGCCAGCAAAUCUAUGAUAAAAAUUAUAAAUAACAGAGGAAACUGUAAUUGUUAUUUGUCAAGUGAAAAACUUUCAAUGUCAGAAUGGCUCACCUAAAGCGACUAGUAAAAUUACAUCUAAAAAGACAAUACCAUAAAAAGUUCUGGAGACUUGGUGCAGUGAUUUUUUUCUUUGUAAUAUUUUUGAUUUUGAUGCAAAGAGAAGUAAGUGUUCAACACUCCAAAGAGGAAUCGAGGAUGGAAAGAAAUAUGAAAAACAAAAACAAGAUGUUUGAUUUUAUGCUGGAAGCUGUAAACAAUAUUAAAGAUGUAAUGCCAAAAAUGCAAAUAGGAGCCCCUGUCCGGCAAAACAUUGAUGCUGGCAAGAGACCCUGUUUACAAGGAUAUUAUACAGCUGCAGAACUCAAGCCCGUUCUUGACCGCCCACCUCAGGAUUCAAAUGCUCCUGGUGCUGCGGGUAAAGCAUUCAAGAAAACCAAUUUAAGUAUUGAAGAACAGAAAGAAAAAGAACGAGGAGAAGCAAAGCACUGUUUCAAUGCUUUUGCAAGUGACAGAAUAUCUUUGCAUCGAGAUCUUGGGCCAGAUACCCGACCUCCUGAAUGUAUUGAACAAAAAUUCAAGCGCUGUCCUCCCCUGCCUACCACCAGUGUCAUAAUAGUUUUUCACAAUGAAGCAUGGUCCACACUGCUAAGGACUGUACACAGUGUGCUCUAUUCUUCGCCUGCCAUAUUGCUGAAGGAAAUCAUUUUGGUGGAUGAUGCUAGUGUGGAUGAGUACUUGCAUGAUAAGCUAGAGGAAUAUAUAAAGCAGUUUUCUAUAGUAAAAAUAGUCAGACAACGGGAGAGAAAAGGUCUGAUCACUGCACGGUUGCUAGGAGCAUCAGUAGCAACAGCUGAAACACUAACAUUUUUAGAUGCUCACUGUGAGUGCUUCUAUGGUUGGUUAGAACCACUGUUGGCCAGAAUAGCUGAGAACUACACUGCGGUUGUGAGUCCUGAUAUUGCAUCCAUAGAUCUAAACACAUUUGAAUUUAACAAGCCUUCUCCUUAUGGAAGUAACCAUAACCGUGGAAAUUUUGACUGGAGCCUUUCAUUUGGCUGGGAAUCACUUCCUGAUUAUGAGAAGCAAAGAAGAAAAGAUGAAACCUACCCAAUUAAAACACCCACUUUUGCAGGGGGCCUCUUUUCCAUAUCAAAAGAAUAUUUUGAAUAUAUUGGAACUUACGAUGAAGAAAUGGAAAUCUGGGGAGGUGAAAAUAUAGAAAUGUCUUUCAGAGUAUGGCAAUGUGGUGGGCAGUUGGAGAUUAUGCCUUGCUCUGUUGUUGGACAUGUUUUUCGCAGCAAAAGCCCUCAUACCUUUCCAAAAGGCACACAGGUGAUUGCUCGCAACCAAGUUCGCCUUGCAGAAGUCUGGAUGGAUGAAUACAAGGAAAUAUUUUAUAGGAGAAACACAGAUGCAGCAAAAAUUGUUAAGCAAAAGUCAUUUGGUGACCUUUCAAAAAGACUUGAAAUAAAGCACCGCCUUCAAUGUAAAAAUUUUACAUGGUAUCUGAACAAUAUUUAUCCAGAAGUGUAUGUGCCAGACCUUAAUCCUCUUAUAUCUGGAUAUAUUAAGAGUCUUGGACAGCCUUUAUGUCUAGAUGUUGGAGAAAAUAAUCAAGGAGGUAAACCAUUAAUCUUAUAUACGUGUCAUGGACUUGGAGGAAACCAGUACUUUGAAUACUCUGCUCAACGUGAAAUUCGGCAUAACAUCCAAAAGGAAUUAUGUCUUCAUGCUGCUCAAGGUCCUGUUCAACUGAAGACAUGUGUCUACAAAGGUCACAAGUCAGUUGCCAUUGGAGAACAGAUAUGGGAGAUCCAAAAGGAUCAACUUCUAUAUAAUCCAUUCUUUAACAAGUGCCUUUCAGCAAAUGGAGAGCAUCCAAGCUUAGUGUCAUGCAAUCCAUCAGAUUCACUCCAAAAAUGGAUUUUCAGCAAAAAUGAUUAAGUGUUCCUUAAAAUUAUGGAGUUGAAAAAGGAGAUAUUCUUUCUCUUAAAACUGUGACUAGGCAUACACUGUAGUUUUUGAAAAUUACGCAAAAGCAGCUAAUUGUAACUUAUUCCAAGUGCAUUUUUCUUAUUUAUAUCUUCAAAUAUCUGUGUACCACUGCUACAGAAACCCCUGAAGUUUCCAUUCACAGCACAAUGACUAGUAAUACCAAAGACUAUUUUGGAAUGUCCACAUAUAGGAAAAGAAAUGUUUACAGUAUGAUGAAAAUAAUUUUCCAAGAAAAGUGAUAUUUGUGUGUUUUGUAUACCUGAAGAUAUAUUUAAGAUAUUUCUUCUAGUUUUAUGGGGGAAGGGAAAAUAUUUGUACUGUAUUUUUUUAACUACAUGAAAUGAGUUAGUGAAGGUCAGCCAUUGACCUUUGUGUAUAUACCAGGAAAUUUUUAUAGAUCUAGAAUUUAUUAUAUAAAAAUGUAGGUAAACUUUUUUUGCUUUUUGUUUACCUGUCUGUCAAUAUUCCUUCAAACCUGAAGCUAAAUGAAUGAUAAGAAUAUUUUUAACACUUCAAUAUCUUUGCAAAUUUUGAAAUAUUUUUUAAUCUGAAACCUACUUGACUUGAAGCACUUGAGUCUUCCUUCAGUGAAGUAACUACAUGGUGUAUUCCAAAGCAAUUAAAAGAAAACUUUAUAAAUUACUAUCUGUUGAAAAGAUAUCUUUUUCCUUUUUGCUAGUUAUUUUUACCAAAAUUCACUAAUCUUGAAUAUUGUGAAAUUGAAUUUUAAAUUCAAAACACUUGACUCAUUUAAAGCUAUACUUUGUUAGUCAUUUAAUUAGAAAUUGUUUUUGUAAUGGAUUUUUCAUCAAAAAGACUAUUUUUAUCUAUGUGGAAAAUAAAACAAAUUCUUCUCAUUAUAAUUAUUUGAACUUCCCUUUUUUGGAUAAAUUAUAGAUUUGAUAAUAGGUGGAGGCACAUGAAUUUUGUAUAUCUAAUUUAUAAGUGCUGGUUAGAGUUACCAGGUAUUUGUUAAGUAAAAUACAAAGAUUUGAUGGAAAUGUCAUAAAAAAUGGGAAAUGGAGAUGAUUAUGUAUUAGAUAUUUAGAAAAUGCCAUACUAAUUUGAUGUCCCUUGAACAUCUGGUAGAGUGAAUUUUUUAUUGUGAUAUAUGGGUUUAUCAUUAUUUUCUUUUUUGAUCAGUCCAGUUAUAGAUCUCUUGCAUUCUCAUUUAAGAAACAAGGGAUAAUUGGCUUAAGCUAGAAAGAAUCUCAGGUAUAUGAAGGAAGAUAUAUACAUAUGCGUGUGUAUCCCCAUAUUUUUAUUAUUUGUAAUUUUGAAUUUGCUUUUUUUAUUACUAUACCAACUUUUAUUUCAAUUCAGCCAACAUUUCUUAUGUAGUUAACCUUUUCCUAGAAGUCAGUGGUAGGCAGAGUAAGAUUUACAUUGCCAUGAACAAAUCAAUUGCCUGCCUUAUAUUGGGUUCUGCCAUAUCAAAAUCCAGCCAAGAUAUGCUUAGGUUUAGUUAUGGUUGAGUUAAUUGAACAUGUCAGUAAACCUAAGCCCAUGUGAUGUUUUAAUCAUGUUCAAACUCAGGUCAUUACUUCUUAUCAGGGGGCUAGCACAGAAAUGUUGCUAUGUUCGUAAUAUUACAUCAAAAGUGCUAUAUUGACCUGUUCUACUAUUGAGAACAUUAAUCUUGAUAACUUAUCCUUGAUUAAUUCCUACUUCAUUUCUGAACCUUAAGGUCACUAUUUUCUCUCUUGUGGUUGACAUUUUAUUAAGGGAAAUUUCAAAACAGUGCAAAUAUACUUCUUCAAAUUUCCACCCAUUGAAUUUAGCAUUCAUUGAUGACUCCUACCUGCUUUGACACCUGUGCACUAUGAUGUAUUAUCAUUCCUUCAUUCAUUUGAAUUACUAUACAUUCAAUAAAAUUAAUUAUUUUCAAUACA